AUGCUUGGGGUUGGUAAGAAAGUGGGAAGUUGUAGGAUUCUUUCUACAGGUCCUAUAUUGUUGAAACGAACAUUAUCUGCUUCUCGUAGAACCCAUAAUAUAAGUUCAUUGCCAAAUAAAGAAAAGACGCUAUCGAAGUUCAGCUUUCCUGUUGCAACGUGUACUAUAAGAGACAUUAAUCGAGAUAUAAAUGAAAUGUUGAAAAAAGGGUCUGUCAAUGUUACUUUGAAUGGCCACAUUCACAAAAAACCCAGAAUCAUGGCUACAAGAAGUUUUGCUGAACUCCGAGAUUCCAACGGGGACAUAACUCAGAUCUUGAUGUCACCAGAACAUACUCCAACCAAAUUAUUUAAUUUAUUAAAGGAGACCACUACAGAGGAUUCUGUUAGUGUGAGUGGGGCUGUUCAGUUGAAACAAGCAAAGGCAGGAGAAGAAAACAAGAAAUGGGAACUAGUUGUCCAAAAUUAUCAAAUAUUGAAUCAUUCGAAUUUAGAUGCAGCAAGACUCGAUAAAUUAAAGCACUCUUCACCAAAGGAUUUACCACCGCAAUUCAGAUAUUUGCAAUUGAGAACUCCUUUCUAUCAGAAUGCCUUAAGAACUAGAAGCAAAGUUGCAAAUUUGAUUCGAAAUAUAUUUGUGGAGAAACAUGAUUUUGUAGAAAUUGAAACGCCCCUUUUAUUCAAAUCAACGCCUGAAGGUGCCAGAGAAUUUUUAGUUCCAACUAGGCUGCAUGAUAGAUUCUAUGCUUUACCGCAAUCUCCGCAACAAUACAAACAAAUCCUUAUGAGUUCCGGGUUCACUCGUUAUUUCCAGAUUGCAAAAUGCUUUAGAGAUGAAGAUUUGAGAGCUGAUAGACAACCUGAAUUUACACAAAUUGAUUUGGAAAUGAGUUACAUUAAUAAUAGCGAUCAAGUAGGUCUCGUUGUAGAAGACCUUAUACAUAAUAUUUGGAACAAAAUAGCCAUGUUACCUACGUAUAAAGUGAAUUCUGAUGAUGUUUUAGAAAAAAUCGAUUUCGAAGAUAGAAAUACAUUGGCUUUUUCUAAAUUGAACUACAUAGAAGCUUUAAGCAACUAUGGUAUUGACAAACCUGAUUUAAGGUCAAGCUUGAAAUUCAAGAAUAUUACAACAUUUUUUCUGCCUAUAAAAAAUAAAGAUAACUUUCCAGUUUUAGAGGUAUGUAUUUUGAGAGGUGCACUUGAUUCUUCUAAAUCCAAGGUGCCCAGUGUGUUGACAGACGCUAAUAAUUACUCGAAACGUAAGCCUAUAAUCUUUGGUAUUAAAUCCGAAGAAGAUGCACAAAAGUGGUAUCAAAAAUUUGUGGACAAGAAUGUUAUCCAAAAAACUGCUGCAUUUGAUGAAACUGAAUUACAUAAAUAUCUUGGUUUGAAGGCUGGUGAUAUUUUAGCCAUAUCUACAAGGUCUGAAUUACCUUAUGAAAAUCCUACCCCGCUAGGAAAAUUCAGACAAUUGGCAAUUGCAGAGUAUCCGAAUAAAUGGAAAAGAAAAAUAUUUGACAGGACAACCGGAGAUGUUUUUGAAAACUAUAAUACAGAGGAAAUAUUUGUUGGCUCAUGGGUUGUUGACUUCCCGUUAUUUAAUCCUGUUGAAAUUUCAGAAAGCAAUAAUGCUGAAUUUCCAGAGUAUGACUUCACAAAAUUCGAAUCAACGCACCAUCCAUUUACCAUGGCUAAGCUAGAAGAUUACGAUUUACUAGCAUCAGAUCCUCUUAAAGUUAGAGGUGAGCAUUAUGAUUUGGUUAUUAAUGGAGUCGAGGUUGGUGGUGGUUCAAGAAGAAUCCAUGAUCCACAGUUGCAAAAAUAUAUUUUUGAAAAGAUUUUAAAAAUUCGGAACUACCAUGAAUUAUUUGGCCAUUUAUUACAUGCCUUAAGUAUGGGAUGUCCUCCUCAUGCUGGUUUAGCAUUAGGAUUUGACAGGUUGUGUACUAUGCUAAUUGGUAGUACGAGCAUUAGAGAUGUCAUUGCGUUUCCUAAAAACCAAUCGGGGAUUGAUACAGUUGUUGAUUCUCCAAGCCAUGUUAAUGACAAAACUUUGAAUGAAUACCACAUUACUACAAUUGUGAAUGAAGAUGUAAAUAGAAACACCCCCAUGUAA